AUGCCAUAUUCCGGACCACUCCAUGUUCCAAUUAUCAUUCAGCUUCUUCUUCUUCUUCCCUUCCAUUCUCUCACAUCUUAUCUUUCCAUCCUCGCCCCCUUCGUUCCCCAACCUCCCCCAUUUCACCCCAAAACGCACACGCACACAUAUACAUAUACAUACGCACUCACACACACACAGAUCCAGCAUGAGGAGCACAAGCUGGCGCCUCACCCCACAGGGCCCCAGCAGAAGUUCCGCAAGGACUACGCGCCUCCGCCUUACACCAUUUCUACCGUACACUUGGAUUUCAUUUUGGGGGAGGAAAGCACCAAAGUUACUUCCAGACUGCACCUGCUGCCCAACUAUGGGCAGCUGCAGGAGGGGUCCUCUCCUCCCCCGUUGCAACUGGACGGCCGUAAGGACGUGAAGCUGGUUUCCGUACGAGUGGCGGGUACGGAGCUCAGUACGGGGCAAUACACACUCACGGAGAAGCAGCUGACAUUGAACCACCUGCCGCCGGGCGAGUUCGAGUUGGAGGUGGUUACGGAGAUUCGACCACAAGACAAUUCACUGCUGGAGGGGCUGUACAAGUCCAGCGGGAACUUCUGCACGCAGUGCGAGGCAGAGGGCUUCCGGGGCAUCACGUUCUUCCUGGAUCGACCCGAUGUGAUGGCCAAGUACACCACCCGCAUUGAGGCUGACGAGGCCAACUACCCCGUACUACUGGGUAACGGUAACCUAAAGGAGGCGGGGAAACUGGAGGGGGGAAGGCACUACGCGCUCUGGGAGGACCCCUUCCCCAAGCCCUGCUACCUGUUCGCCCUGGUGGCGGGGAAGCUGUCCAUGAAGGAGCGGACCUUCGUGACCUGCAGCGGGCGGCGGGUGGCGCUCAGGAUAUUCGUUCAGGAGGGGAACCUUGGGAGGGUGGACCACGCUCUUGACUCGCUGGUUAAGUCCAUGAAGUGGGACGAGGACACCUUCGGACUGGAGUACGACCUGGACCUGUUCAACAUUGUGGCGGUGGACGACUUCAACAUGGGCGCCAUGGAGAAUAAGUCCCUCAACAUAUUUAACUCCAGGCUUGUGUUGGCCUCUCCGGAGACGGCCACGGACUUGGACUACAGCCGCAUUGAGGGGGUGGUGGGGCACGAGUACUUCCACAACUGGACGGGCAACCGGGUGACGUGUCGGGACUGGUUCCAACUCACCCUUAAGGAAGGGCUCACGGUGUUUCGAGACCAGGUGGUAUUAUUCCAGUUUUGCUCCUCAUUUUUUUUCAAGAUGGUGAAUCCUUUGAUGAACGCUUCCGCCUGGGACCGUUGUCUUCGUUUUUUCACGGAGGACGCCGGCCCCAUGGCUCACCCCAUCCGACCCGAGUCGUACAUCAAGAUGGACAACUUCUACACGCUGACGGUGUACGAGAAGGGCGCCGAGGUCGUACGGCUGUACGACACCCUCCUCGGGAAGGAGGGUUUCCGUAAGGGUAUGGAUCUGUACUUCCAGCGCCAUGACGGCCACGCAGUCACCUGCGAUGACUUCCUGGCGGCCAUGGCGGAUGCGAAUGGGGUCAACCUGGACACGUUGGGCAGGUGGUACAGUCAGGCGAGUACCCCCAACCUGCACGUGUCCACGUCGUACGACGCCGCGACCAAGACAUACAGACUCACAUGCAAGCAGAACACCCCGCCAAGCCCCGGGCAGGACGCCAAGCUGCCGGUGCUCAUUCCCAUCAAGUUGGGGCUGCUGGGGCCGGACGGUUCCGACCUGCCUCUCCGUCUCUGUGGCCCUGACGGCGCUGUGACUGAGCUUGGGACUACGGGUGUCCUCCGGUUCGAGGAGGCGGAGGCCGCCUUCACCUUCGCGGGUGUGGACGUGGAGCCCGUGCCCUCCCUGCUGCGGGGCUUCUCCGCCCCCGUCAAGAUGACGGUGGAGGGACAGACAGACGAACAGCUGCUCUUCCUCCUGGCGCACGACAGUGACCCCUUCAACAGGUGGGAGGCGGGCCAGCGGCUGGCCCGGAAGCUGCUGCUCAACCUGUACGCGGCGGCGGCUGCUGGCGGCGGCGCCCACAACACCCUGGUAAGCCUUUCUCGAGAAAUCCUAAAUGACAACAUUUAUCAUUCCUUCAAGGCGAUGGCGGUGUCCCUGCCAACCGGCAACGAGCUGUUGGACUGCAUCCCCGGCGGCGACCCGCCUCUGCUGCACCACGUGCGUAUGUAUGUCGUGAAGCAGUUGGCUCUGCAGCUGCGACCGGAGCUGGAGGCGCUCGUGAAGGCCAACGACGACCCCGCGGACCAGCCCUAUCAGUUCACCGCCGCCGCCUGCGCUCGUCGCGCCAUCAAGAAUAGGAGCUUGGCGAUGCUGUCCUCCCUGGAAGAACCGGAGAUCACCGCCAUGCUGCUGAAUCGGUUCAAGGCCGCCACCAACAUGACGGACGAGAUCGCCGCUCUGAGCUGUCUGGUGGAGCUCGCGGGACCUGAGAGGGACAUCGCCCUGGCGGCCUUCUACGACAAGUUCAGGAACGAACCGCUGGUGUUGCUCAAGUGGCUCGGUCUGCAGGCUACCAGCAACGCCCCUGGCAAUGUGGGCCUGGUCAAGACCUUGGUGGAGCACCCAGCCUUCAACAUCACGAACCCCAACAACUGCUAUUCGCUGUUCCUGGGCUUCGGCCGGUCGCCCGUCAAUUUCCACGCGGCGGACGGGUCGGGCUACGCCUUCAUGGGGGAUGCCGUACUUCGGGUGGACGGCAUUAACCACCAGGUGGCAGCCCGCAUGGUUUCGGCCUUCAGCACUUGGCGGCAGUAUGACACGGAGCGACAAGCCAUGAUGCGUGCUCAGCUGGAGCGCAUUGUGGCGCAUCCUGGGCUGAGCGAGAACGUGUUUGAGAUCGCGUCAAAGUCGCUCAAGUAAAGCUAAGCUAAAGCUAACCGACGAAGCACGGAAGCAGCAAGCAGUAGCAGCUUCAGUAAAGUAAAGUGCACUGCGAGUUGCGAAUGUAGAAAAUCGCGGGAGGGUUGAGCGGACGUGUGUAAAGGGUUGAAGAUGAUGAAGAAGAUAAACACAAGGCCUGACGGAGACUUUGUUUUGUUUCACGCAUGGAGGCGUGUGAAGAAUAUAGCUGCACCGAGGUGUCUCAG